CCAGCCUACACAUCUGCUCCUCGCUCCUCGUGUACUGGCUCCAGGCUCCAUGGCGCUCUGGAUGACCGUGGUCAUUGCUUUCACCUGCAUUGGCGGCCUCGCCUCCCCGGUCCCUACGCCUUCCCCUAAAGCCCUCAAGGAGCUCAUUGAAGAACUGGUCAACAUUACCCAGAACCAGAAGGCACCCCUGUGCAACGGCAGCAUGGUAUGGAGCAUCAACCUGACGACCAGCAUGUACUGUGCAGCCCGGGAAUCCCUGAUCAACAUCACCAACUGCAGUGUCAUCCAGAGGACCCAGAGGAUGCUGAAUGCCCUCUGUCCUCACAAGCUCUCAGCCAAGGUUUCCAGCGAACACGUCCGAGACACCAAAAUCGAAGUGACCCAGUUCAUAAAAACCCUGCUCCAACACUCAAGGAACGUUUUUCACUACAGAAGUUUCAACUGGAGCAAGAAAAGUUAGCGUUAUUAUUUGCAGAGAGGGACCCUGACCAUUUAAAUUGCAGAUUCAUUUUUCUUUCAGAUGUCAGAAAUUUCUUGGGGAGACUGGAGGAGGGUUGGGGGGGGUAAGAUUUCCUUAGCUUAGACCUCAGCCUGUGCUGUCUGCCUUGAGCCUAGCCGACCCCAGCUACCCCUUGCCUUGGUGCCUGGGGCUCAGCCUGGAGAGCCUCUUGCAUCCAGGGCUCCAAGCUCAGUGGACAAGGGUGGAUGUUGUCCCACACAACUUCCCCAUCCUUAGUGCAAACUGUAGCAUUUCGGUGGGUGCAACCCUGGCUGGACACACAGUGAAAGAGGGACCUGCUUUACACAGGGGCAACUAAGGCAGAGAGCAGCCUAGGCACAUUUCUUCUUGGUCUUAUUUAUUAUUAUGUGUUAUUUAAACAAGUGUUUUUGUCUGUACUGGGGAUAGGAAGGGACUGUUACUGCCAGAACUUGGAGCCAAGGGCCUGGAGACUUGAGGCUCCAGCACUAACGCAGUGGGCAUUAGGAAGCCCUGGGAAUAAGUACUGUACACAAACUUCUGCUACCUCACUGGGGUCCUGGGGCCAAGGCAGGGACAGUAGACAGGAGCACUCUUGUCUGCCAGCCAGCAGUUGGCCUUCAACCAAGUAAUUUAUUGUUUUUCCUUGUAUUUAAAGUAUUAAAAUAUGUUAUCAAAGAGUUAAUAAUAUAUAGAAUAGCAGCCUAGAACACUGCAUAUGGUAUGUGGGGAUUGGGGGAGGGGUCAUUGAAUUAGUUGUUGCAUUGACUUUGUCAAGUUGGAAGCUGGGAAUAAAGAUGGUUACAAGAGACCUGACGGUUUUUGCCUUUUAUUUUGACCUUUGGGGAUGUUGGCCUG